GGGUUCAUUUAAACGGGGUUCAGGGGCAGAGGAGCAGAUUCAAUUAGUUUGGGGGGAAACAAAGAGCCGGAGCGACGCAUAAAGGCGGAUGCUGGAGAAGAGUUCAGCAAGACAUUUCAGUUCUUCAGUGUGGAAACUUUCAACACAGAAAACAAAAUGCGUGGCCUGUUUUCCACCCUCAUCGUGGUGCUGGUGGCCUUAAUGAUCGUGACCACAGAGGCUGGGAAAAACAAGAAAGAGAAGAAUAAAGGAGGUAAGGGUGGUUCGGACUGUGCGGAGUGGCGCUACGGCAGUUGUGUGGCCAAUAACGGGGACUGUGGAACAGGCACGAGGGAAGGCACCUGCAAUGAGCAGACCAAGAAAGUCAAAUGCCGAGUGCCCUGCAACUGGAAGAAAGACUUUGGAGCCGACUGCAAGUAUAAGUUUGGUAACUGGGGCGAGUGUGACACAGCCACAAGCACAAAGAGCCGCACUGGCACUCUUAUAAAGGCUCUCUUCAACGUCGACUGUCAGCAAACCAUCUCUGUGUCCAAACCCUGCACCACCAAGGUCAAAAACAAACCCAAAGGAAAGAAAGGCAAGGGGAAAGGGAACUAAAGGGAGCAAGAGAUCCAGAGGAGCAGUAAACACCCCGUGAUCAUUCGUCAUCCAAACACGGCCUUUUAUAUCUCUAUACUCAGUGUUCUUCAACAUGAGCGGAACUCGCACUACAGCCACAAACACAUAGCUUUAGAAGACUAUGACAGAGAACCAGCUGAGUAUUUGACACGUUACGUGACUCUUUCAUGUGUGGGGGAGGGGAGAAUAAAAUGCCGUUGUUUAGCGUGUGGUGCCCUGUAGUUGACCCAUUCCUCUGAUGUUUCCCUCCAGCACAGAUCUCUCUCUCUCUCUGUCUCUACUAUCUAUCAGCUGUGUAAGCCUCAGGCCUCUCAUUUGCUAAAGGACAACAAUCAGUAGAACUCAAUCAGACACAUCUAUUUUAUUACUGUUUUACUUACAAAUUUGGUUUUGUAAAAUUGUGUAAUUUACAGGAUUAUAUUACUAGUGGGGUAUACAAGUAGUGUUUGGAUAAGUCACCCUUCUCUUUUUUUGUAUCCUAAAAUAUAAAACUGAGGAGUGUUGUUUGAAAUAAAUGAUUUCUCUUUUUCUAUAAAAGGUGUAGUUUAUGUAAAAGCGAAAAUACCCCAAUACUGUUACUUUUCCUUUUGACUUGACUGUUACUAACAGACCUAAGGGUGACAGAGGGUUACCAGCAUUAAACUGCAUGGAGAGGAGACCGUUCCCUCUUGUGCAAACCUGUUUUAUAAGCAUUUAAGAAAGACAGUAAUGUUUUGUUACUGAGCGUUGUGUGUUAUAUGUAGUGUUAACUAAAGGUAAAUGAGUGAUGACAGUUCAUUAUUAAAGACACUUGAGCCCUCCA